GACAUCACCACAGGAUCGACCACUCCGGUUCCGCCUCCCUGACGAUCCUCCUUGCAUCCACUCAGACCCUCAGCAGCAAAACCGAUUCGGUGUUACGGCGAUCUCCCUUGACGUCAUCUUGCCCGGUGUGACGACACGAACGCGGUUGUAGCCUAGUUACCGCGCGAGGCCUCGAUCAGGAAGUGCAUUUGAGGAAAACAGAGAAACGGGAGGUAGAGAAUGACAUAGAGGGGGAGAGGUGGGAGAGAGAGUCUGACGGAGGGAAAGACACUGUUCUGGAUCUUAACGGAGCACUAACCUUCCCUCGUGAGAAGAAGACAUCACCACCACAAUGAUCAUUAAGGAAUUUCGAGUUAUUCUGCCCAUAUCAGUGGAAGAGUACCAGGUGGGUCAGCUGUACUCCGUAGCCGAGGCCAGUAAGAACGAGACAGGGGGAGGAGAGGGAGUGGAGGUGUUGAAGAAUGAACCAUACGAGAAGGAUGGGGAGAAGGGACAGUACACACACAAGAUAUACCACCUGCAGAGUAAGGUUCCAUCGUUCGUCAGAAUGCUAGCUCCAGCAUCGGCCCUUAACAUCCAUGAGAAGGCCUGGAACGCAUACCCAUACUGUCGCACAGUUAUCACUAAUGAGUACAUGAAAGAUAACUUCCUGAUCAAGAUUGAGACGUGGCACAAAACUGACCUCGGACACCAGGAAAACGUCCAUGGUCUGGAUGCAGACACCUGGAAGAAGGUCGAUGUUGUUCACAUCGACAUCGCAGACCGCAGUCAGGUGGAUAGCAAGGACUACAAGCCAGAGGAGGACCCCUCUAAGUUUAAGUCAGUGAAGACUGGAAGAGGCCCACUUGGACCGGACUGGAAGAAGGAACUCCCUAAGAAGACAGACUGCCCACACAUGUGUGCCUACAAACUGGUGACAGUCAAGUUCAAGUGGUGGGGCCUGCAGAACAAAGUGGAGAACUUCAUCCAGAAGCAAGAGAAGCGUCUGUUCACCAACUUCCACCGUCAGCUGUUCUGCUGGAUCGACAAGUGGAUCGAACUCACCAUGGAGGACAUCCGUCGCAUGGAGGACGACACGCGCAAAGAACUGGACGAGAUGAGGGUGAAGGAUCCAGUGAAAGGCAUGGUGGCUCUGGAGGACUGAUGAGACUGGAGGCAGACAGACAGACUGACUGACUGACCCUGCUGCUGAUCAGAACUGUAAACCUGACAGACACCAACGGAUUCAACGCUCCUCCCCCACCUCCUCUUCCUCCUCGUCCUCCUCUUCCUCUCUGUCAACAGAGCUUCUCCGCCCCCCCUGGUCCCGCCCCCCUCCCCAGAUUGGUACAGUCUGCCAUUAAGACAGACAGUCAGUCCUAGUGUACAUACCCACUAUAUAUAGUGUAUGGGGCAAUAAGGCCCAGCUGUGAGUGUGGAGAUGUAUUAUAAUAUAAACAGGGUUUUUAAAGCAUCAGUUCGUCCGUAUUAAAGGUUGUCAGUUUCUUUUCAGGACCAAGCUGUAUUCUGAUCAGUGUUGUUUUGAUCUCGUUGUGACUGUUGUUUUAAUUGAUUGUUUGUUUUCGAUGGGUCAUCCCGUCUUCUGAUUGGUUGAACACCACACCUCCUCCUCUUCAUCUUCCAAUCACGUUAUUUGUAUUCCCCUCUUCUUCAUAUCAACCAUUAAACAACUGACAGAUUGUGGCAACAAACAAAAAAAAGGUGCCAGGUAGGCGGACCUUAUACCUCACGGCCAAUAGAAUGGUUCAAAAGGGACAAACGACGCCUACCUGGCCUGCGGUUGGUGGAGGGUGAAGUUGCCCCUAUAAGCUGAUCUUGGGUCAGUUUUGCAGGUUCAAAUCCAAUAAAACUUUAUUAGUCACAUGCUUUGUAAACUACAGCUGUAGACUUAACAGUGAAAUGCUUUCU